CAAACAUCAACAAAUGCGGAAAUGUAAUCAUGUGAUGAUUAUUAGUUAAUAAAACUUUCACACGUACGUCUUAUUUUGAACGACACUGUUUUAAUUAUAAUAUAUUAUAUUUAUGAUUACCUAAUUUCAGACAAACAUAGCUGGAAAAAAAAUGACACGAAGAAAAGCUUUAACCUGUUUCAUCUUACUAUCAUACAUCACCCAUGUUACCUGCAAACAACCGCACAUUCUGUUGGUGGUUGCCGAUGACUACGGUUUUCAUGACAUUGGUUACCAUGCCUCCGAGAUUCGGACUCCAAAUUUGGACAAGUUAGCCCAUGGAGGUGUUAGACUGGAGAAUUACUAUGUCCAGCCAAUUUGUACACCCACAAGAAGCCAGCUACUUUCUGGAAGAUAUCAGAUCCACACUGGCUUACAGCAUGGUAUCAUCUGGCCAACUCAGCCAAAUGGUCUUCCAUUGGACAGUCCAACUAUUGCUGACAAGCUCAAAGAGGCUGGCUACUCCACACAUGCUGUAGGAAAAUGGCAUCUUGGCUUCUAUAAAGAUGAAUAUUUGCCAACUAGCAGAGGAUUUGACAGCUAUUUUGGCUAUCUCACUGGGAGUGAAAAUUACUACUCGCACUAUCGUUGCAAUGGUAAAAUGUGUGGUACAGAUUUCCGUGACAACACAAAGCCAGCUGGCGCGUACAAUGGCUCGUAUUCUACUCACCUGUUUGCCAACAGAGUGAUUGAUAUAAUAAACAACCAUGAGGACGACAACAAGCCCCUGUUCAUUUAUCUCCCUUUCCAAGCAGUUCACUCCCCUUUACAAGUGCCAAAACAGUACGAGGAUCAAUAUUGGUUCAUAAAUCAAAGGGCAAGACGAACGUAUGCAGGAAUGGUGACAUGCAUGGAUGAAGCAGUUGGGAACAUUACACGGGCAAUGCAGAAAAGGGGGUUAUGGGAUAAUACUUUAAUGGUAUUUACUACAGAUAAUGGUGGCCAGGUCAUAGAAGGAGGAAACAACUAUCCACUUCGCGGAUGGAAGGGUUCACUUUGGGAAGGCGGAAUGCAUGGCGUUGGAUUCGUCCACAGCCAACUGCUGAAUGAUAAAGUUAUUGGAAGCGUAUCACGUGGUCUGAUCCAUGUAACUGAUUGGUUCCCGACUCUUGUCAAAUUGGCCAAUGGAAAUUUGAACGGAACGAAACCGUUGGAUGGUUACGACCAGUGGAACACAAUUAAUAAAGCUGCGGACAGUCCACGACGAGAGAUCUUACACAAUAUUGACCCUCUUUUCAAACCCGCUGGUAGACCUGUGUACAAUGGCACCUUUGAUACACGUAUAAGGGCGGCGCUCAGGGUUGGGGACUGGAAAAUACUCACAGGAGAUCCAGGAAACAGCAGUUGGAUUCCCCCACCAGAGGAUAACAUGCCGCCAGAGUUCAACCAGAUUUCUGUGGGACCAAACACUAAGAACCUCUGGCUUUUUAACAUCGCCAAGGAUCCCAAUGAAAGGGUUGACCUCUCCGAUCAAGAACCAACACGGGUUAGAGCAAUGUUAAAAAGGCUGAAAAUUUAUCAGAAGACUGCCGUACCCUGUAGAUACCCGAAUGGAGACCCUAAGGCUGACCCAUCGUUAAGGGGCGGGUUUUGGGGUCCGUGGGAAUAAACCACAUUUUUAGCAUGUAAUGGAACAUUUUCUAUGCAUUUUAAAACAUUUUCUAUGCAUUUUAAAGCUGUAUUCUAACAGAUUGACAGUUUUGACAGUUUUGACAUAUUUAAAAAAAAAAUGUCCCAAAACAGCUGAUUUUGACACUAAUGCAUUCAAUUCAAUCAUAUAAGAAAAAUCACAAUUGAACAUAUCGCAAUUGUUUGGAAAAAUACCAAAAUUUUCAUUUUUUCUUAGAGCCUUACUGACGCUUUUAGCUAUAAAAUAUCAAAUUUCGAGCGUAAAUAUGAAAAUUGCAAUCUGUGCUUUUGUCAGCAUCUUAUAUCACUUGUUUCCAGACAUUUACCCUAAAAUUGGUUCAUUCUCUGGCAAAAAAGUAAAAAAUGCUCAUAACAGUCAAUCUGUGAGAGCGCAGCUUUCAACAUUAGCUUUAAACUUCAGUAUUCAUUUAUAUAUUUACAUGUUAAUCACUAGGGGUCAAAUACAAAAUGUACAAGUAACGUUUAUAUAGGGAGCAGACAAUGGUUUCUGCUUUCGCCUAUCAACAUUGUUAAGUUUUUACAUUUCACAAACUGCUCAUGAAAAGGUUUUUUAUAUGACCUUUAAAUAAGUUGGUUCCAUCGGUUCAUACUGCGAUCGGUUAAGAGAAAAAUAUUUAUGUAUGUAAAAUUGAAUGGGUUCGUUUAUUCGCUACUCAUUAUCAUGGUCUGAAUAAAGAAUCUCAUUUAUAUAUA